UCACUGACAGUAUGGCUGCGCCUGUAGAGAUCCAGCUGGAGUUUGGUGGCGGAGCAGAGCUGCUUUUUGACGGUGUGAAAAAGCAUGACGUCACGCUUCCGAGUCAAGCGGAACCAUGGAACGUGAAGCAGCUGCUGGUGUGGAUCCAACAGAACCUGCUGAAGGAGCGGCCUGAGCUCUUUGUCCAGGGAGACACCGUGAGACCUGGCAUUCUGGUGCUCAUCAACGACGCCGACUGGGAGCUGAUGGGGGAGUUGGACUACCAACUGCAGGACCAGGACAACGUUGUGUUCAUAUCCACUCUUCAUGGAGGAUGAGAAACAUCGCCUUGCACCUUCCUCCUCUGUGCACCUCCCAACAAGUGCUCAGCUCAUUGGCUCUUGCUGUGCCGUGACAGUCGGGGUGAUUGAUGAUCCACUGGAAUGGAGAAGGGGGGGGAGGAUGAUGGGGGGCGGGAGGCAGCAGGAAGGAUGAGAAGCUUGAAUCUCCUCACAAAACUGGACUGUUUUGUAGUCACAAAUGGACGUUUAAUUGUGAAUGCACACUUCUGGAUGUAAAUGGAGUCCUGGGAUGUGUGUUUUAUUCUGUUUCUUUUUACACCUUUUGUCCUUGGAUUUCUGAUUAUUGUUGAGUUUUUGUGUCUCCGUUUUACCUGUCGGAAUCAAUUUAAUCAACAUUAAAGCGUGAAAGAAAGGACAAUGAGCUUGUUUUUAUUGUUUUGUGUUUGUAGCCGAGGCACUUUACCCAAAUGUGUUGUAGUUGUUAAUGUAGUUCAACUUCUUCAACCUAUACAUUUUGAUUCACUAUUCUGUUUUGGCCUUAGUUGACAAUAAAUACAUUUUACAAAUGACAUUUAAUAUUUUCAUUCGCACACCAACCAAUAUUUUCUUAACAAAUACGGGAGUUAUUCUAAAUUGUUGUAAAUAAAGUGUUUUAUUGAAUUAAAAUGUAUUGUUUUUUGUUACUUGGCUUUGCUUAAUAUUUUUUGGUAUUUAUCUGUUGAGCAGCAACUUUUUAAUAUGAUUGCUAUUUCAUUAUUUUUUAUUUUCACUGUUUUUUUUUAUACAUAAAACAUGAACUCAUCAGUCUUAGUACUUGUCCUCUUAUUGAGAGGCAAAUGUUUUUUGUCAAAAAUAUUUAAUAAACUAGAAUGAGGAUGUAUAAUGUCUCAAUUGUCACUUUUUAUUUGAAGGUUUAAAAAUGUGAAUUAUCUUUUUUACUUAAUUACCUACAUGUUUCUGCUGUUUGUAAAAUCAUAUUUUUCAAAAUGUACAUUUUCAUUGUCUUCUAAGGUAAAAUGCAAAUCUGACCUCACUGACCAAAUGUUUUUCCACUGCAUUUUUCUAAAUUUAUAUUGAUGUGCCGUUUAAGAUCCUGGCAUUUUACUCUUGUCUUAUUGGGUCGAGUUUUUAUUUAUUUAUUGUUAUAUUAUUCCCUCAUGUCGAGCAUGUCCACUUGAGAUGAUUGAAGAAGAACUGAUAUCUACUUUUCUGGUUUUGGGUACUUGUCUUGUUUCAACCAAGCAUCUCAGGUUCAACAGCAUUGGAGUUCAAUGUGUAUGAUCAAUUCUGCUGUGUGAUCAGUCUGGACUCUCUGGAUGACCAGAGCUGAUCAACCCCACGCUGGAUCAUUGCCUCCACCUGUGUGUGUGUGGCUGUGGGUGGGUGGCUGGGAGUGCAGGGCCACUGCGGGAGGUCGGCCCUCGCCUGCGGGCUGCCCUCUCUGAACGCCUGGGGCGACCUAAAACCUUUUCUCGGUUGUAGAGUCCGAUUUGCAACUGGAAACGGACCAAGGUAGUCCGUGAGAAAGAGAAUGCUAAUGAGGGACCACUUCAAGGUGCGUGUACGUGUGUGUGUGUGUGUGUGUGUGUGUGUGUGUGUGUGUGUGUGUGUGUGUGUGUGUGUGUGUGUGUGUGUGUGUGUGUGUGUGUGUGUGUGUUAAAGUGUGUGAAUGAGCGAUCAAAGGGUCUUAGCCUCUCAACAGGACCCGGUUAAACAAUAAGGCUUUAAUUAAACUGAAACCACAAAAUGUUUCUUCAUUUCCUUUUUGGAAAUCUGCCUCAACGGGGCAAUUUCAGGUUCAUGGCAACUUCCUGUUCACAACUUUAUGGUUUGAGCUCAUCAAACCAGUUCUGAAUGUGAAUGUGAAUCUCUUAAGCCUUUUUCCUGGUUCAGGUUUCAUAUAUCUCACUCUGGAUUAGCUUUUCAACUUUCCUUUGCAUUAGCAUUUUUAUGUUUGCCUGUUUAUGGCUGCACCUCCCUUUUACUGUUUGUUUUUUGUUUUCACUUAUUGCACCUUUUUUCUGAGCAUCAUCAAGUUAGCAUCCUUUAUUCUGUUAUAAGCUUAAUAUGAUUCCAUUUACAUACACUGGUUCCCUUAUUAUCUCUCAUAUGAAGCCUUGUCGAGUUUGGCUUAUUCUAUAAUUAUUUUUGCUUCUUUUAUGAAAGCUUCAGAAAGAUUUAUUCUAAAGUGAAGUAUCUUAGUUGUUUUGUUAUCUGCUUUAAUUUAUGUUGCUGUUUUCUCUGAAUAUUUAUUUAUUUUAGUCUGUUAUUGAGGCUUUCUCCAUGUCAGCUUGUUCUGCUUCUUCAAUAUUAUUUCAUAAAG